AUGCCAGCUAGAAAUCGGCAAAACGUCUGCAAGGUGGCCUUGGUUGCGACGCCGGAAAUGUGCGUGUGUGUGCGUGUGUGUGAGGCAAUAUUAGCGGCGCAAUCGGAACUCCGUACGCGAAUGCGCCGCGCUACAAAAGCCCUUUGUAAUCACGUGACAUGCGCUGUUAGUAUGCCAAGGACAAUGCAACGGACACAUGCGGCUCUUGCUUUUGCAGAGCACCUCAGACCAUUAUCUGCUUUGCCUCCACUCAUGCAAGUUACUGUUGUAGGAGUAUGUGUAUGCAGAGUCGCGGUUCUGCCGAUGUGCGGCGCUCCGGAUGGAGCCACGGAUGAGGGUUCCGAUCGCAAUUGCUCGAUAACUAUCUUGCCAAAACUUUCCUACCUUGGCCUCGGUUCUUGUCUCGACUCUUGCCUCGGCUCUUGCCUCGGCUCUUGUCUUAGUUUCGUUUUUUAUGUUUCGCUUAGAUUACAAGUCAUUGGAAAUAUUCCUAAUUUCUUACAAUGUCAAAAUCAAGAAGAAUGA